UUUGAAGUGGCGGGUCGAGGAUCUUACUAGGUUAUAUUUAUGUAUAACUCACUCCUUACCUGCAUGUCCAUGCAGAUACUGUCGUUGAGAACGAGGCUGGUAAUUGAAGACUUCGUGAGUGGAUUCUGUUGCUGAGAUGGCUAAGAAACACGCAUCUUCAUCUGCUAAACGUGGUGCUGGACAGAGUGCUACCCGCGGUGGUAGACAAGCUAGUGCUCAUCAGACUAGAGCUCAGACUAGGACUCAGGCCACUCCUCAGCCUGAAGUUGUGAAUGGGGGUCAACCCCGAGUUGCGUCAGAGCAAGUGCAGGAACAAGUGGUUCAGAACACUCCACCGGCACCAGCUGCUGCCCCUACUAUUGCUAUGCCCGCAGAUGUGGUGACCAGAUUAUUGAAUGUGUUGGAGGCAUUGGCGCCUAAUCAUGGUGGAAUUCCAAGUCCUCAGGCUACUUCAUAAGCACAAGCUCAAGUUCAGUUGAAUGUUGUAGCUAAUCAGACACUUCAGUUGGCCCUUCAACAGGUUUUCCAGUCUGCAGGGCAAUCCAAGGAGUUUAAGAAUUUCAUGGAUCUUAAGCCACCAGAGUUUGAUGCUUCACCAACUUCUAUUGAACCUCAGAAGUUCAUUGAUCGUUGUGAAAAGAUAUUGACUACGUUGGGGCUGAAGGAGACUCGUGGUGUGGAAUUUGCCACUUUCUUAU